CGUCCGGCCGGUACUCGUGUUCGUCGUCCGUUGGUGAUUAUAAUAUUUUAAUUAUUAUUCGAUUUAUUAAGUAUUGUUAAUUGGCAUUUUUUAAAUUUGUUUUUACCUACCCGUUUUGUGUGUGUUUACGGUGUGUCACUUGUGUGUGUAUGUGUGUUUUUUACCAUCCGGGGAAGUGUCGGAUGGACGAAAUUAUGAACUCUGUUACGUGAACCGCUCUACACGUGCACGCCGAGGGUACAUAUACAAUGAGCCUGUUCAACACUUCGUAUCUGCUGGGCAACGACACGACCGGCGGAUGGGGUCUCCGGUACUUUUUCACUUUCUACUCCGAGUUCGGCGACGAGAAGACCGAGUCGGCAGUCGAAGUGUCCGUGUUGAUGGUGAUAUUCGUGGUGUCCGUGGCGGCCAACGGGGCCAUCGCCUGGGCCGUGCUCCGGUACAGGGAGAUGCGCACCGUCACCAACUGUUUCCUACUCAACCUCACCGUGGCCGACCUGCUUUUCGCCAGCACCACGCCCGUCAUGGCCUACGUCCGCUUACGUCCGGACUGGCCGUUCGGUGACGUCAUUUGUCGGCUACUGCCUUACUCACAGUUUGUAUGCGGUUUCGUGUUGCUGUGGACGUUGACGCUGAUCAGCAUGGACCGUCACAGGUGCAUCGUGGUGCCACCGUACCGGUCGAGACUGACGCCCAAGCGUGCCGCUGGGCUGACCGUGGUAACGUGGCUGAUCGCCAGUAUCGUGUUCAUGCCCGUGGCGUUGUGGUUCCACGUGCAGUCCGUCAACGACGGCGACAUGACCGUGUGCACGCUGGUGUUCCCGAAAAACGACACGUUCAAGCUGUCCAUAGUGUUCACGGUGUCGGUGGUGUCGCUGUCCUGCGUAUUGCCGCUGUCGUUGUUCGUCUACCACUAUCAGCGGAUUUUCCACAAGCUGAACAAAACGCGCCGGAGGCUCGAACAAUCCGCCUCGCACCGCACCAAAGCCAUGUCGCAGAACAGCCUGUCGCCGACCGCGUCCGGCUCCAUACCUCAGGUGUUGGUGCGUCACGAAACGCUAAGGUACCAGAAACACUUGAGGGUGGUCCGCGUGCUGCUCAUCAACGUGAUCGUGGUGCUGGUCAUGUGGCUGCCCAUCACGGCGGUCAUGUGCCUCAUCUACAUGGACGGCAGUCGAGACACGGAGGACACGGACUUCUUUUUGCGGUCGCACCACUUUAUUCUGGGACUGUUGCUAGCCUUGCUCAACACGGUCGUCAAUCCGAUAUUGUACGGCGUGUUGUCGGAGAACUUCCGCAAAUGCUUCGCACGGUUGUGGUUUAUAUCGAAGCGGCGGCGGGCCAUGAACCGCGAGCUGUUGGACAACAUGAGCAAGGGGUGUCGGACGCACAGCAACGGACACAACAACUCCAUAUUGCACAAGGAAGGCAGUUCGGCGUCCGUCGUCGACUUGCCCGCCACCAACUGCUGGUAACCCUAGGCCCGAAAACCCGCGACCAUACAAAAAACCCAUAGGGUAUGUUUAAUGGCUUUGUUCCUGCGUUGCGUUAAAAUAAUUUAGUAUUAUUUUAACGACUUGUAAUUAUCGUAGACCAAGAGAUUACGUACUAUAGGACUUAUUACUACGUUUCUUGUAAGUAAUUGUACCUACAAGAUAAUUUUUGUUAUCAAAAAUUAUAUUGCUAAUGCUGGCCAAACGGUAAUAAUUGAUUUGACUAUUCGAAGUUUGAGUCUCGUUUAGGAAAUCCACGUUUAUUUGGUACAUACCUAUCGUACCUACUUGAAAAAUACUUAGGUACCGCGUAUUAGGUACAUGCACACAAUUAAAAAUAUAUUGAUAGAAUAUAAUUCAGUAAAAUAUGAUCUCAUUGCGGUAACAUCAAUAUUAAUAAAGACUAUAAUAAUAUUAUAAUCCAGUGGCCACGCAGGUUUUAAUACAUUAUAGGUACAAUAUUGUUUAUAUUUGUGUUUUUAUAAAUUUAUAUAAUAUUAUGUCUAUCCAAAAGAACUAUUGUAUUAUAUUAUUUAUACAAUUUAUAUUAUACAGCCCAUAAUAUAAGUAUCGUGUAUACACAUAUAGCAUAAAAAAAAAACAUUUAUAGCAUUUUUAUAAAAAAAAUUGUACCCAACACAUUAAUAGGUACAUCAAUAUUUAUAAACCGGGUAAAAAAUAUCAAAAUACCUAGUUAUUAAUCAUUACCUAAUGAUUAAGGCAUACCUGCCUGAUGUAUUAUUAUAUGUAUUCAUUAUUCUGUGUGAUGUGAUUUUUUUUUUAAAUUGUAAUUCAAAACUAUUUUUACCAAAGAUGUAGGUUUAACUAUAGUUAAUGAAAUAAUUAUGUUCAUUGUCUUUCCCACAACAUCUCAAAUCUUCAAUGAAUUUAUUAAGUAUUUAUUGUUACCUCCAUGCAUAGUAUGAACAUGUUAUGACUAGAUUUUUACAAAAUUAUUAUUUUUUUAUUUUAAUGCAUAAUAUUUAUAAUUGUAUAUUUUUAUGUACGUAUUUAUAUGCAUACUAUUAUAAUGUAAAUACUGAAUGUUAAUCACCUUGACUGCAUUUAAUACGUUGUAAUCAUAAACUAUUUGAACUAUUUUAAGGCGCAAUAAAACAAAUUCACAACUAGA